AAAAAAUAAAAUACACAAAAAUACGCGUUAUUUGAAAGAAGAAUAAAGUGAUUCAAACAGAGAGUUCAUUGGACGACGCUUGAGAAAACCGAGAGACAAAGUGAAACGACCUCGCACAACGCGCGCAAAAAGAGAGCAGAAAAAACACACCCACAUCCCACUGCGAUUACUGCAACGUUCCUUAAAAAAUAAAGAAGAAAAAAAAGCUACAAUCAUGGAUGUUUGGGGAUUCUGCAUCAGCGAUACUACGAUGGCAUAUGGCGGGUCCAUGCGCAGCGGAUAUUACCGGGAUUACGAGCAGUUUCCCUACGGAACCCUGGAGUCCACCAAUUCCCCGCAUGCGGUCAAGGAUUGCUACAGUCGAGUGCAAGAAAAAUGCAAGCAGACAAAGUCCGAGAAGCAGAUGCGCAAGGACUGUCCGUUCUGCAAGGAGCACAAGAAGCGGCCCCUCAUCAACUACAUGCGCAAGCGGGAGCAGCGAAAGCACCAUGACAGCAUCUGCGAGGACGAGGAGGACCUGCACGAGCACGAGCACGAGCUGGAGCACGCCCACAAUCACAGCCAGUCCUCCGUCCUUGCCGUCCAGCAGAGCUGCAAGGUGUGAGAGGGAGCGGGACGACUCUACUACAGACGAUUCCCACAGACAUUCGCGAAAUGCCAUAUAUACUACAAAAGUAACAAAAAGUAACCAGAUGAAUGGAAAAAACAUGAAAAAGUAACAGCAAAAACAAAGAAAAACCCGAGGAGAAAGGAGAAAAAGCUGUUAAAGACGAAGAUUGCGCGAGAGAGAGAGCGAGACAGCAUCGGCAGCUAC